AUGGCAGACUUUACCCCCAUGAAUCCAAACAGCUGGAGACUUUGUCAGCGUUGCAACACACGCUUCGAAUCAACUGUACCAUUUACAUACGUGCGUGGUAAAGACGGCUCAGGCCGUACAUGUUGCCCGACCUGCACAAAGCAUUACGAGGGACGUAAAGCUAUAGAACAGACUCGAGGCCAGCAAGCUACAAGCAUUGGUGAGUCCAACUUUGAUGAGUCCGAGUCGUCCAAAACUAAUCAAAUUCAUUAUCAUUCAUCUGCUGAGGGGCCCUCGAGACCUGAGCUGGUAAAAGCAAUGUCAGCAGCGCAACGUGGAGACAACAUCUUUCCCAGUCAGCGCUUUGGCCAUCCAGCCCACACGCUGGCAGGUGACCGCGGAAAAAUGCUUCCUCCUCCAGUUCCUGCACACACAAGCAUGGGAUAUACGCCCAAUCAUGCCGUGCACCAGCUGCAUCGCAGCAAGAUGGCUCAGGCAGCAUCGUCAGGCCGCUUCCAUCAAGUCAUGAUUCGAGUUGCCUUACAUCACCUGAAACCAGAGGGAAAGUCGGGCACAGUCCUGGAAAUGCACAAAUCACCAAAGUUGAUUCUUUACGACCCGAGACAACCAUCCAUUGGUGCUAAUGAACCAGUCCUACAAGAAUUCUUCGUGCAUGCAACACCCAAGGACCCCACACCCAAAUUUUUUGCAAACGCCCGUGUCGCCAUCCUUCUUGUAAUGACAAAUGCGCAGUUCGAGGAUGUGUUGCUCUGGCAAGAGCAAUUGAUACUUUUCACACUUAGCUCAAUCUCACAGAACAUUGCACCAAGUGUCGACGCUGAUGUGCAAAAUGUACUAACAUCAGCCUCUAGUAUCCCUGCAAAGAAAAGGGUACUGCAAAGUCAAGGUAGCAGCAACGAUUCUAGCCCAUCGCCACCACGCCGCCCUGCACGCAAGCGCUCCAGGAAGUUUCCGAUAUCUGAAAUUAGCGAGGUCCUGGCAGGUGACGAUGUCUCAAAGGAUGAAGACCAAUCCGAUGUCUGUGGCGGCCCUUCAAAGCUGGAACAGUCGCAACCUGUCUUAGCAGCAAGCGCUCUCAUAUCAAAAAAACUCUUCUUACCCAGCCAAUCUCAACUACAAGCGGCCAUGAAAGCUCAGGGAAAUGUUAGAAAACAAGCAUCCUCUACUAUAGGUGCUGGAUGUGUCCCUAUCACCUUUCGUCUCUUCGACAUCCCUUCCAUUGGCUUCGCAGUGCUCGUUUCUACACCAUUCAGUACUACUGAUAGCAAGUACACUGUCGCCGCACUCACCAUCGACACCAGCUCCAAAUCUAUGAUUGGCUUGGCAGGAAGCUUCAAAACGUGUCACCCUGCCUUGAUUUCAAACGCAGACGUUGUCCCAUCCAUGUCUACAUCACCGCCACCAUCUGUUCUGUCAGCCGAGCAGGUUGUAGCUAAACGCGUGUUUUUUCGGAAGGGCCAAACCAUGGGGCGUUGCCGCUUUGCAAGGGAGGAUGAGCUGGAAAAGACACUCGACGAGGUGAAUUGCCUUUACUGGGGCACAUCAUUGCUCGGUAUGGCGUACACCUUCAUUGACGAGAUGCUCAAGACUGGCAAUGUGAGCCAAGAUGUCGUGGUUGAGUUGCCACGUCUAAGGCUGGUUCGUGCGGCGCUAGCCAUUCCCGAUGACCCCAACAACGACCUCGGCGCAAACUAUCUCAUCGAGGAGCGGAUUAGCGGAAAAUUCGUCAAGUACAUCAACAACAACUCCGCCGUCCCCGCCCAUAGUCUAGAGGGCAGAGAAGCAGUCAUCGGACUGUUUUUAUGCUUUGUUCAACACGUGCAAUAUCACCUUACUAACAACAUGGUAUAUCUAUCUGAUUUCCAAGGCGAGUCCUCAACCCCUCACCUGACUCCUUGGACUGUCAUACUAACACGAGCCUUCUCUAGAGCUUUCAUGAACAAUUUCGGUGGAGGAAACUGCACAUCUGCUUUUAACAGUUUCAAGACCACACAUAUAUGUAAUAAGUUCUGUCGCGUUUUCGGCUUGCAACCUUAUGUUAUGUAG